AUGGCCCCCAUUCCCAGGGCCGAUCUGGAUGGGGACAACCCUUCUUCAGAUAUCGGUGACAGCCAGGACUCUCCACUGCGCCGACAGUUCUCGGAGCCAUUCCGUCCUCAAUCUACUUCUACUCAGAUCUCCCAGUCACCGGAGCCCCUCCCGCAACAUGUCAAGUGCGACUGGUGCGGAAAGCUUCUGGAGCUUCCUGACGAUGAAAGCAUCUCCGAAGAAGAUGUUCUGAAUGAUCACAUCAAUGAUGCUCAUCCAAAGACCAUCAGCUUUACUGGAUACGAUGGCGCCGAUGAUACUUACGACGAGACUGGCGAUCUACAGGAUGAUGACGCCAUUGAAGAAGAUGAGGACAUCGCAGCUGAACCUGCCAAGCCUGAAGAUGACGAACCUCAUGAUACUGAAGAAAUUACUGUUGUGACCAAUGGCGAACAGGGUGACUCUGAAAGUAUUGCCAAGAGUACUCAGAUCACCGUCAACACCAGCCAACAUUUUACAGGGAAGCUCGAUCUAAUCGACUGGCUUUCCAACCCGCGCACUUCAUAUCCAGAGGAAUGUCGCGCCCGCGAGGCGAAAUGGCGCCCCAAAGAUGCCAAAGCGCGUCUCCAAAAAUACUGGAAUGUCCAUGAUGUCCGUCUAUUUUCCCCUACUUACGAACAGGAAGCCGCCAAGUGUGAGGCUACUUGGGAUGCUGCAUUCCAUGACUUAACUAAAACAAGAAAGCACGAUGCUUCUGAACCCGCCCAUCAUCCUCUUCCAUACAAAAAAGCCAGAGUCGACAAAGGUGAAUUCCUGGAAGUCCAGGUUGAAGAAAUCGACAAAUUGGUGAACAUGCUUCACAAUCCCACCAAAUACUCGCCAGAAGAACUCUACGCCCUCACAGAAACUGCUGCCUUCACCAUGAAGACAAUCCAAGAUGAGUAUUUGGCACUUGAUCGUCUCAAUCUCAGAGCUCUGCGACACACUCGGGGCGAUGCUUCAUAUGAGACCAAGCGACACGUCCUGCAGGGCCACAAGAAGAAAGGUGGCAUCCCUCUGGCGAAUGUCAAUGAAGAUCCACUAGACUUUGCCGAAAAGAAAGAGGCAGGGCUCUAUGGUUACAAACAUCAAUACUUCCCCGCAAACACCCCUCUCCUCCCAAUUCGCACUAUGCAAGAUCCAUUCGUCCAAGGUGGCUUUGUUCCUACUCCUGCCCAGGCUAGAAAGAUGAUCGCCAAGAAAAAGGAGACCGGUGAAUCCAAUGCCGAUGGCUGGGCUGUACUGAAGAAACAUGGCCUUGACUAUGUUCCCCGGGUGUGGGAGCCUCGUCGUGAACCCGUUCUUCCCAAGGUCACACGCAAGCGCAAGGCUGCCGAGGUUGAACUCCCCAAGGUUGAUGCCGAAGAGACCCAAAACGAGACCGAAGAAGAAACCGAUGACGAUAACCACCCCGCAAAGCGACGCACCAGAGGUCGUGGCGGCAAGCGCCUUGUUGGCGAAUCCAUUCCGUUUGACUCUACUCCUCGCCGGGGCACUGGACCUGGACGCGGACGCGGACGUGGUCGUGGUCGUGGCGCUGGACGCCUCGCCGCUACUCGGGCCACCUUCGAGAUCAAUGCGGCUCCUCAAACUUCUAGCCGUGGUCGUGGCCGACGCGGUGCAAGCACCUUGGCUACCUCAGUGCCACCAGAGACUUCCUCGUUCCCCAUUAUUGAACCUCGCACCGAAAGCCCCGUCGACACCCCAACAUCGGGCAAAAAAGAAGCUCUAUCAGCUGAAGCUAUCGAGGAGGCCCGCCGUGUCAAGAUCGCAAACUCAAAGAACCCGAAGCGCACAAAGGCGAUGCUUGACCACUGGGACCGAUUCAACCGCGAAGGGCGGAUCCGCAACCCCAAGCGAUCCAAGGCCCAAAUCGAGCAAGACCGCACUGUCGACGGCGACGGAACUCAGGAGCUCCCCAAGCCUCUCGGGCGCCGCAAGCGCUCUCCCUCCCUCGUGCCGCUCGCUGGCAACCUGGCCCCCAAGGGGCCCGGCGGCCUGCCUUCAAUGGUCAGCGUACAGGCGCAGCAGCAAAUGGCCCCCCUGCCUCCAAUGGGUGUGCCUCACUACGGCCACGGCCAUGGGCCCGUCAACCCAUACGCUGCUGCGCCUGUUGCGCCUAUGGCACAACUGGGCCAACCUAUGCCCGCGCAAUAUGCGCCAUUCCCGUACCUCCCAUACGGGAUGGGUUCCAUCCCGGGUCCACACGACCCGCGGGACCCCCGCCAUUGA